AGCAGGAGAGUCGACAAAUUCAUUUCCUCCACAGCUCUUGGCGAGAGAAGAAGUUUGGCUGCCCAAGCUCCGAUUAUUCUGACGCAUGAUUAUUUGAUACACAGUGCAGUGAAGUUGGUGUGAAAUUUGUGUAGUGGAACUGAAAAAUCAUCUAAAUUAAGGAUUAAAUUGUGCUGAUUGGUUCCAAUUCAACCACUUCAGGAUGUGGCUGAAAACGUUGAGUGCUACUGCAGUGCGACUUGAGGCUCAAAAGCACAGCUCGUUGCAGAAAUUAUGCAGAACAUUCUCGACCCAGCUGAGUGAACCAAGUGGACCAUCUGUCAAAACUGCCAUCCCUGGGCCGAAAUCGAAGGAUCUGUUGAAGCAACUGAAUUCCCUGCAGCAAGGCGGGUCGGUUCAGCUGUUUGCCGAUUACGAGCGAUCCGUUGGUAACUACUUGCAGGAUGUCGACGGCAACGUGCUGUUGGAUAUUUAUACGCAGAUCUCGUCCGUCCCGCUGGGUUACAACCAUCCGGAGCUGCUGAAGGUGUUCAAAAAUGAUCACAAUCUGAAAAGUAAGUGUGUACAUGCGGAUGCAUGGCGUUGUUUCUUUUUUUAUGCAUAAUGUUUAUUUUUAAUA